AUGACAUUGAAACCACCGCAGAUCUUUCCUCCUGUUUUCCAUGAACAGAAGGGCAAUGAAACCCAGGCCUUGACCACCUCUACGGUUCAUCCUCCCGCUCAGACCGAGAGCCCCAAUGUUGAGGAAAUUUUCAAAUGGACCGCUGUUAACGGCACAGGCAACGUUUCAUCUAUCGGUCCCGUUAUUGGUGACACCUCCCGUAUUGGGGGUGCUGAUUCUGGCCGAGUCGGUGCCAUGAAGGAUUGCGAGUAUGUUCCUUGCACCACCAUCAUUCAGGGUGGCAUCCAGGUCACUACUUAUGGGGGCCCCAUUGAGACCCAUCCUGUUUACGGUACCGAGCCAGUCGUCACCACCACCGUCUACCAAGGUGAACCGUCUGCUGUCCCUGAUGAAGUCGAGGGCGCGAGCACAAGCUGCACCACGAGCACCGCUCACCUUCACGGGACAGAGACUGUCAUCCACACUGGUCCGGAAUCCUCGAAUGGUCCAGUCUACCACACAUCGGUCACGGCUAUUCCUACUGGUGCUUCCGGCACAGUGGCUCCCUCUGAGACCCUGGGAUACGGAAAGCCGAGCAGCACUGUUGAAGAGGAGGGCCCUUCCGACACCCCUGCUGAUGAACCUGAGCAGACCUCUUUCGCUGCUCAAGGCCUUGAAGUGGGUAUCUUCACCAUGCUUGCAAUUGGCGCCGGGAUCAUGGUCUCCAUGGUCUAA